UCUUGAGUAUGAUAACCAAGUUGGAAAAAUAUCCAUCAAAAAACAAUAUCCAUUUAAUCAUCAUCUACACUUGGUGUGCAAACAUUUUCACAAAAUCCACUCACUCUAUACAUCACUCGUCUUACCAACUCUCUCUUUCUCCUCUCUCUCUCUCUCUCUUCAGACAAGCACUCACACACACACACAGAGUGAGAACAGAGUGCAUGUAGUAACUUGUAUGAGCGUCAUCAGUGCUUGGUAAAGAAGCAUACUUAGAGUGGUGUGGUGGAAGUGAAAAUGGGCAGAAAGUGCUCGCAUUGUGGGAACAUAGGCCACAAUUCAAGAACUUGCAACGCUUCCUGCAGGGCGCCUUCUAACACUGGCAGCGGAGUGAGACUGUUCGGCGUACAGCUUGAUAUUGUCUCCUCUUCCUCUUCACUCAACAUUAUUCCAAUCAAGAAAAGCUUCAGCCUCGACUCCUUGUCCAUCUCCACACCACCCUCGUCCUCCUCCACAUCGUCUUCGUCCCGACUUUCCAUCAACGACAACUCUAAUUCCAUAGGUUAUCUCUCCGAUGGCCCCUUACCCCCAGCCCUCGACAGAAAGAAAGGAGUUCCGUGGACGGAAGAGGAACAUCGCGUAUUCCUAAUAGGACUAGAGAAGCUAGGGAAAGGAGACUGGAGGGGCAUUUCAAGAAACUUUGUUACUUCAAGGACUCCAACACAAGUUGCUAGCCAUGCACUGAAGUAUUUUCUCCGACAGGCCACCCUCAACAAGAAGAGGCGGCGUUCUAGCCUCUUCGACAUGGUCGGUGCUAACGCUGCUAGUUCGAAAGCAGAAACUGCCGGACAACAACCUCAAAUAGACCUAAAUACAUUUGAAGAAGACAGGAAAUCUCACGGUGAAAAUUUUCAGAUGGCUUCACAACAGAACUUCAUCUGGGCUUAUGAACCUCUCAACUCCCAUGAGCUGCCUUCUACAACGACGACGAGUUUCGAUUCUUCAAGUGAUCAUCAAGGCCCUGAGUUGGAGCUCACACUUUCAGCUCCAAGAUCAAUGCCCCAAAAUGAAUCCUCAUCAACUUCCCUCCUAAUCGGCCCUAUAAUUAGUGUUACCUGAUCUUCUUUUUGCUGAUCGAAACCAAGAACUACUUACUUGUAUCAUGUGAUCAACAGUACCGCAAUGUGGUUUCUGAAUUCUUACACAACUUGUCUUAAUUAAUUUCUUCACUAAAAUGUCGCCGGAAAUUAUUGUCUUAUACAACUUUUGAUCAGUUGUUAA